AACCCAAACCUCUGUACAUGUACACACACACACACACACUCCAGUAAUACACAACCUGCAGACUCGCCACCAUUUUGCGUAUAAGCUUACCAACAGCUAGGUUUAAAGGUGGAAAACAGACUCUUUUUCUAACAAUGGACGGCAUCGCUAGUGAUGUUGCAGUUGGUGUAAAGAGAAGUUCGGAUGAUUUGCUUUCUGGCAGUCUUUACAGCAGUCCAAACACUUCAGUUAAGGCUAAUGGAAGUGAUAGCAAAAAACUGCGAGUGGAGGACAGCAUGGAAAACCCGCCCUCGAGAGUCAUUCACAUUCGUAAACUCCCGAACGAGGUUUCUGAGACAGAAGUCAUUGCCUUGGGCCUACCCUUUGGGAAAGUCACCAAUAUCCUGAUGCUGAAAGGCAAAAAUCAGGCAUUUUUGGAGCUCGGGACAGAGGAAGCAGCGAUCACCAUGGUGAACUACUACACAGCAGUGACCCCUCAAGUGCGAAAUGUUCCUGUGUGUAUCCAGUACUCCAACCACAAAGAGCUCAAAACAGACAGUGCACUCAAUCAGCGUGCCCAGGCCGUUCUGCAGGCAGUGUGCGCCGUACAGGAGGGAGGUUCUCCGAGCUCAGAUUCAGCAGGAGAGAGCGUGUUAAUACCGCCGCCAAGUCCGGUUUUACGCAUCAUCAUCGAUAACAUGUUCUACCCGGUAACACUGGACGUCCUGCAGCAGAUCUUCUCCAAGUUUGGGACCGUGAUGAAGAUAAUCACAUUCACCAAAAAUAAUCAAUUCCAAGCGCUGCUGCAAUUCAGCGAGCCUGUAAAUGCACAACAAGCCAAACUGUCUUUGGAUGGACAGAACAUCUAUAACUCGUGCUGCACGCUGCGCAUCGACUUCUCCAAGCUGGUCAACUUAAACGUGAAGUACAACAACGAUAAGAGUCGAGAUUAUACAAGACCCGAGCUGCCUGCAGCAGACGGUCAGCCUUCUGUAGAUCCAGCGAUGGCCGCUGCACUUGGCAAAGACUCCACAUCCCUGCUUGGGUCGAUCAGUCCUCUAAGUGCGGCGGCCGCAGCAGCGGCAGCAGCUGGGCGGGUCGCUCUGUCAGGACACUCGGCGGCUGGUGCAGUGCUGCUAGCCAGCAAUCUCAAUGAUGAGAUGGUUACGCCCCAAAGUCUCUUUACCCUCUUCGGUGUGUAUGGGGAUGUGCAACGUGUCAAGAUCCUCUAUAAUAAGAAGGACAGCGCCCUCAUCCAGAUGACCGAUGGAAAUCAGGCUCAGCUUGCCAUGAGCCACCUGAAUGGGCAGAAGAUGUUUGGGAAGAUCAUCCGUGUGACCCUUUCCAAACACCAGACUGUGCAGCUUCCUCGAGAAGGCUUGGAUGAUCAGGGCCUCACUAAAGACUUCAUCAAUUCACCCCUUCAUCGUUUCAAAAAGCCUGGCUCAAAGAAUUUCCAGAACAUCUUUCCUCCGUCAGCCACUCUCCAUCUUUCCAACAUCCCUGAGAAGGUGAAUGAAGAGGACCUGAGACUUCUUUUCUCCAACUCUGGAGGCACAGUGAAGGCCUUCAAGUUCUUUCAAGAUCGCAAGAUGGCCCUUCUGCAGAUGGCGACGGUGGAGGAGGCCAUUCAAGCCCUGAUCGACCUCCAUAGCUAUGAUAUGGGCCGUGGCCAUCGCCUCAGAGUCUCCUUCUCCAAAUCCACCAUAUGAAAAGGCACUCUAGCCUGCAUCCUUUUUCUCAUCCCUUGUACUCCCUAUGGAGUGUUGAGCGAUAUUACAGUUCAUUUAGAUCAGUCAUUCCUGAAGACCAUAUUAGAAACACGCAGGCACCAUUGCUGUCUCUUUCUCAGUAUUUCUCUUCCUGAUGUUACCCCAUUGGUUGCUCCCACAACAAAAUGUGCCUUACUUAUACAAAGCAGCAUAAUCUCCCCUUCCCUCCCCAUCUUCCUUUACAGGCGAUAUAGUGUAGGCACAUUCCGUUGUUUGUGGUAAGGCGUUUUUGUUAGCCGUGAUCUUGCCCCACUGCUCUGACCUGCUGUUCUGUAGGAUUUUAAAUGUGGAAAUUUAUCUUUUGCAAAACCACACUGAAGCAGUUUUUAUCGGCUUGCUUUUUGACUCAGCCGAAUACAGUUGAGUUAUGAAUCACCUGAAUAGGAGUGACGUGAUUUGAUGAACAACCACCUGCUAGCACACAUUAUGUUUGUAUAUUUGUUGUUUGAUCUGACACUUUUAAUGCAGUUUAAAUUUAAUGCUGGAGACCCUUUAUACACACAUCACACUGUGGGCAGUGUAGUAGAUAAUUCAUUACAACAUUUCUUUUUUUUUUUUUUUUAAGUAGAAGGAGAUUAGUGUUUAACAUUAACUGCUUACACUUGGCAGUAGUGAGGUCAAGCUAACAGUUGCGUACAUUUGACUGAGGUCCAUUCAGUGUCACCUUGAGCAAUCAUUAGCGGAAGCCAACAGUUGUUUGUUAGUUAGCUGAUGAUUGUAAUCUGAUGUGGACUGAUCACUAUGAACACGGCAAUCAACUCUAACAAUGCAAAUUGUCCUUGAAACACACUCUAAUUAAAGAGCACGGAGGGCAUCCAUUCCCUUGUUUCUGAUCUCUGGUUGUUUUCUCAAGAUAAAAAUUGUUUUAUUAACAUAAUGAACUAAAUGAUUAGGUUUGUAGAUGCAAGUGGGUUAAGGAGGACAUCUACAUUUUAAAUAAUGACGAACAACGAUGCGUUUGACUAAUUUUACCUGACAAACACUUCGGUAAUUAGCUUCUGUUAACUGUACAGCUUACCCCAUUAUCCUUAAAUAUUUUCAUGAUGCGCAGAAGAGCUUAGGCAGUUUUGUUAAAUUGUCCAAAAACGCAUGAAUUAAAAUCCCUCAGCAUAUCAGAUCCCUCUGUGAUCAUUACUUACUCCCACACAGACCUAUCACUUGCACUGGACACCCACUGUUAUAGUUUGGCUCUCGUUUAGAUAUUGAAAACAAAGAAUUAAAUUAAAAAUGUUCUAAAUGUCUUGUAAUUUCAUUUUGAUGCAUUGGUGUGAAUUGUGCUCAUCAAAUAGACCUUGAAAUCAGUUAAAAAAAACAAAACAAAAAAAACAUUUUCCUUGCUGUUGAUUGAAUCUGCACAUUGAACCUGCUGAGCUUUGUAAAUGCCAUUGUGAAGCAUUCAAGCCCUCAUAUGUACAAUACCAGUUAAAUGCCUUUCUUAAACUCCCCAAAUAGUCUGAGCUCCUCACUGCUUCUCCUAACUUCUAAAUGGAAAGAAGAUUGAAAUGACUUGGAAAUUUACACAAAAAAAGUAGACUGUUCACACUUUUGACUGGUAGUGUAGAUAACCAUUAGGACCAAAGCUGCCGUGCCUUUUUGACUUAUUUUUCUGCAUGUUUUAUCAAGCUGUUUCAUUCAGCAUUGAUUUUCACUUCAACAGGGGAAAAAAAUCAGGAUUUAUACCAGACAUUUGAAAAACAUCUCCAUUGAUAUUUGCUGUGUUUUGGAGGCUGUGGAGGUCAUUUGUUGAUGUACUCUGUGUUAUGAUUAAAGAAUCUGUGGUCUUAGGUUCAGAAUCAUGGACAGGCUGUGUAUAUUUUCUACAUGGGUUGCAUUUUUACAUUUACAAAUUCAGUGUGAUUUGGAAGUGAUGCGAUUAAAAGUUCUUUUUUUCUA